GUCAAAAUCCGAAGAACGAACGAGACUAGCAGUUUUGUUUUCGUUCAUUUCUAUACAGACCCUUCGUGUUGUGACUGUAAAAGUUGCAAUGCCACAGGAAAUCGGUGUUUUUACAGGUGAUAACGAUAAGACAAAGAUCCUUUUGUUGGCUUAUCUGUAGCACGGCAGUAGGUAUAGUGCCUCCAAGACCAGUGCUGUUCGUUAUGUAAAAAAAAAUUAGCAAACCAAGUAAUGAAUAGCAUUUUGUGACGUACGGGUUAGCAAAAAAUCGAGUGAGGGCCAACGCUAUAGGUUCAAAAGCUGCAAUAAAUAGUCGAUAUUUGAAAAUAUGUAAAAGUGCUGUGAUUCACUAGUAGAUAAGAACACCAAGUGUAAUAUAAGUUUAAGUGCUAAUGAUUUUCAACAUGAACGGUAAAAGUAAGAAUGAGUCCUUCAAGUUACUUCAGCUAUCGGACGAUUCCAAAAGCCUCUCGGAUCUGGAACUUCCGGAAGUGACAACCCAAAGGAAACGGAAAGUCAGAAGAAAAACUCGCCCAAGGACAACGACAGCCAUCCGACACGAUGACGAUCGAGCUGGAUCUCACAUCGACUGCAAGAACUUUGGCCUGUGGCUGGCGAUUGUAAUGACCGUUCUGUGGUUGUUUAUAAUAUCGUACAUCACAUCGGUAGUGCAUCACGAAAACCGACGGCUUGAAAUAGCCAUACAGAAGGUGUCUGCCACUAGUCACAAUGUGCCGGAAGCCUUACAAAAAUGGCACGAAACGUCCAAAACACUAGAGCAAAACCAGACCGCUUUGAACGGAAAGCUGCGGGAGAUUCAACAAGUGCUAGGCAAUUUCUCUACUGAGCUGAAGCAGCUUCGCGAUACGAUAGAGAAGAAAAAUGAAAAUUCUCAAGAAGCACAGCUAAACAGCCUGAUGACCAACGUCGCGAAUCUUGGAUCGCAGAUCAAGGACGCCCUCGCCAGGAUAACGUCCCUGGAAGAUCGGUACACAAAGGCUCAGAGCGAACAGAAGACGCUUGCAAAGAGCUUGGACGACCUGCAGACCGUUUUCGGUGAAAUCCGCAACGGCUCGAGCACAGCGUCAAUCGCCGGCAGUAGCGCCAAUAACAUAACCGAGCAGAAUAUCGCCAACAUCCGGGAACAACUAUCCAACCAGAUAUCGAAUCUAGCGCAAAACGUCACCGAAGAACUGGAAACGUUGAAACACAAAAAUAUAUGGCUGGACAACGAUCUCAAGAAUCACAAGACACGCAUAGAUCAACUUCUGGAGAAUUCGGCCAACAUUUCCUCUCACGUCAAGUCGGUGGAAAACAUUUGGGUGGAGAUGAAAACUAAUCUGAAAAACCUGGAAAGUGCUGGCAAAGAGGUGAACGAUCAGAUUCAACUAUUGCAGAAUGUGACAGGGGCCCUGAAGAGCUCGCUAGGCACGGUUCGAGAAGAAUGCGCACAGUAUCACAGUCAAAACGAUGCCAUUAACGGUGAAAUUACGGAGAUCAAGGAACGUCUGGAGAAGGCAGAGAGAAGAGAGGUGCCCACCACUGUUUCCACGGUAAAUGCUACUGAGAGUCAGAAGGGAUCGAUGCCGAAAAAUCUUUCGCAGCUUUUCAACAACUCUCCAACGGAAACUACCCUUUCCAAGCUAACCCCUGGCGUUGCGAACUCAGAUCGAGAGGCCAAACCGAUAGUAGAGAAAAGCGAUGCUGCCUCUGCAGCGCCGGCCUUUGUCGCAGUUCAGCAACCAUCCGUAGCACCGUCCCCGGCUAGUAGUAGUCCAAGCACUACCUUGAACGCUGGUAUCAGCAAAGCACCAGCAGCCAGUGGCAUGUAAGAGUUAACCAGUCCAAGUGGGUCACCGUACUGUAGCUGUAACGCGUUUGCCAAUUCAAACAAUAUAUUUUCACAAUUGAAAAAAAAUACUGCAUUUGUGUGAGAGUCACGCUAUGAGCGAGUUGUUUGUACCGAUUACGAAUAAAGUCAAAUUCAAUGCAAGUUGAAACCUGUUGAUUAAGUUUUAGUGCGUACCAAAGUUGUGUUUUAGUGUAGCAAGCAAUUACAAACGCUGAUUGCAAACCUUUUAGUCAAAACAGGAAAGAAAAAAAAAACAUUUUCUCCGGAUGCGAAUGUAACUUAUGACACGGAUCGAGUAGUUAUAAAAAUACACAGAUUCUAUAGAUUCAUAGGAGAAACAACAAUAACAACAAAACAAAAAAAUCAAAUUUAGAUUCAAGAGAGAUUCAACCUUUUACUAUUUAGCCUAAAGAGUGCAGAUUUUGAUUCCCAGUAAUACAAAGUUAGAGAAAAGUGAACUUCAAUUUAAGCAACAUCGAAAUCUAUUUAAUCAAUUCUAUUCCUAGAGCGUAGUAUUAACAGCCCAGCUCAGAGAAAUAGGACAUUGCGGUCAGUUUCUCCAGUGAGACCGUUUGUCCGUAAAAAGCAGGACAGUGAUAAAUUGACGAGGGACAAUUUUACUCAGAACUACUAUUUUGUUCAUUAAGCAGGAAUCCAGUGAAGUAACAUUAGGCAUAUGUCGAACUUGGAGCUAUACUCAGUCAUCACAGAAUAUUACAUCACAGACAUUCCUACUUUAGCCAUUCAAUUAAUAGAGAAAUAGGAAUUUCCUACUACAACAGCACAUGGUAGCAAAACUGCGCUUCGAUUCUUUUUUUCAUAUUUUAUCACAUCAGAUACAGCAACUAGUAAAUUUAUUAAGGCCAAAUUAAGCCAUCUUGUACUUAUUUGUCGAGGACACAAAAGAAAAGUCCGUCAGUAGACAAGCACGACCCAGCCAGCCAGAGUUCGCAUCUUGUAGAUAAAUCUUUGUAUCCCAAUGUCAUAAGAGAAGUUUAAGAAACGAAAGUGCUAAAGUGAUUAAAUGAACAAACCGAGCAAAACUGAACAGAGCAGAAAAAAAUAAAUUCAAUUUGAA